AUGGAUUUGAGCAAGUACAUCACUCUGGUGUCCAAGGACGGCUUUGAGUUUGUUGUCCUUCGUCAAGCCGCCUUCAUCAGCCCUGCCAUCAAGAGCAUGCUGGACCCAAGGAGUCAGUUCCAAGAGGCGAAAACCAGCCGGUGUAUCUUCGGAGAGAUCAGUGGCGAGGUCCUCGAGAAGGUCGUUGAAUACUUCCACUACUGGUACAAGAACAAAGAGAGAGAGGAUGUCCCUGACAUGGACAUCCCGGUGGAGCUCUGCCUUGAACUUCUCAUGGCGGCAGACUACCUUGGCCUUGACAGUAAGGCGAACCCCGAUCGCCAGGUGCGAUACUAA